UAUUUUCCCUACUUAUUCUAGACCGGCUGUAAAAAUUUGCGACGGCAUUAAUUUAUUUUUAUGUUGUACCUAUCUAGUUCUAGUAUGCCAUAGUAUAGAUCUAACAUAUUGAUCUUUGAUUAGCUCGUAUACUUAAAUAUUGGUGAUUCGUGCCUAUUACUUGUUUAUCUGCGCGUCAUCGGGUCGUGUCCAUGUAUAAGUACCUGACGUGCUGCCAUCGCUUGUAGUUCGUCGAACGACCUUGUGUAGUGUAAACGUAAGCGGUAGCUUAAUAAACUGUACUAUAAGUAUCUAAGGAUUACGGAUAUUAUAGACAUACAUUUUCGUUGUUUUUAACUCAGGCCAGUGAAAAACUAGAAAAUGCCUUUAUUCAGUGGACGAUGUUUAAGUACCGCUAAGUUAGUAGGGAAAACCGCGCUUGUUACCGGGUGUAAUACCGGUAUAGGAAAGGAAACAGUAAAGGACUUCUACAAAAGAGGUGCCAAAGUGAUUAUGGCAUGUCGUAGCAUAGAAAGAGCCGAAGAAGCUAAAGCCGACAUAGAAAAAUCUUGUCAGGGCUUCACUGGUACCGGGAAGAUAGUGGUAGCUAAAUGCGACCUCGCAUCGUUAACAUCGGUACGCGAAUUCGCACAAACCGUACUAGACACGGAAGCUCAGAUAAACAUUUUGGUGAACAACGCUGGAAUCAUGAUGUGUCCUAAAGGUGAAACAGAAGAUGGUUUUGAACUUCAAUUUGGCACCAACCAUUUGGGACAUUUCUUGCUGACGGUGCUGCUGUUGCCGCGAAUCAGAAACAGCAAACCAGCGAGAAUCGUCACUGUGUCUUCAACGGCGCAUAAAAGAGGCGCAAUUAAUUUUGAUGAUUUGAAUUACAAGAAACGGCAGUACAAUAGUAUGGAGGCGUACUCGCAAAGCAAACUAGCUAAUGUUAUGUUUACAAGGGAGCUGGCUAAUAAAUUAAAGGAAUAUAAUAUCGAAGACAUAAACGCUUACUGCCUACACCCUGGAGUGAUUAGGACUGAACUUGGUCGGCACUUAAACGAAACGAUGUUUAAAGGCGCGAGACCGCUCAUAGGAUUUGUAUUCGGACCGUUUAUGAAAUCACCUGAACUCGGCGCUCAAACCUCGAUCUAUUGCGCUGUUGACGAAAAAUGUGCCAACGAAACUGGAUUAUAUUACAGUGACUGCGAAGUAGUGACCCCCAGUUCGAAGGCAUUAAACAACGCCAUGUGCAAAAAGCUAUGGGACGCCUCGAUGGAGCUCGUGGGACUUCAAGACUACAACCCGUUUACCGCAGCUGAUCCUGGCGUCAAAGCACAAAAUUAGCGUUCUUACGCUUUAUAUAAAUCUUACUGUUUUAUGAAAUUAUAAUUUGUUAAUGAUGAUUCUUAAUAAUAUUUAAUAAUUUCUAUUAGUCAAUAAGAAAAUAAUAUUAUGAAAUCCUUAUUUAAUUAUAUUAUUGUUGUUAUUUUGUUUUCGCGGGAAAGUACUUUUACCAUCGCAUUAUUAUGCGGUCUACUCUCAGAACGAGUCGCGCGACUUAACAGUAAGGUUACCCAGCGUAGAGUCUCCUCGUUCUACGAAUUGUUAAUAUCUGUACAUAAAAUUGUAUACAUUGAAUUCAUAAUUAAAUUGUUCAUGAACCAAUUAAUGGCGAUUAUAAAUUAAUUUUGGUCAAAUCACUCAUACAGUUGGUGCUGAAAAAAUUUAAAGUUGACAUUCCUUUGUAAAUUGCCUACAUAUAAUAGAUUACGCAAAACUGCUCAAUAGAUACCCAUAUGAGCCAAAGAUUUUGUAAGUCCGAACUGAAUAUUGAACAUAAGGGGUACUUAGGUCAUUUAAUUGUCGUAGUUUUUAUUUUACAUGUUAACUAAUACAUAUUAGGAUCUUAAGUCAAUGGUUUUGAUAGAUACUUACUUAUACUCAAAUUGUGCAGGUUAGAUGUUACUAUAGGCCGUAUUAAUAAACCAAUCUCAUCUUUGAGAAGGAUCUUAAGUAGACAUGUAAGGUAUGUACUAAAUAAAGCAUUCCUUAAAUCCUUCGCAUAUUGCGACUUAAGAUAUCAUUUGAGCUGCUGUUGAUAUCUGUUUAUCAAAUAACAACUAUCUUAAGAAGCGAAUCUUAACAGCCUCUAAGCUGAUACGGCACUUCAGAGCGGAACUGAAUUGCAUCUAUAAAUUCUGCUCAUAAUCCUUUAUGGUAGUUACUCCGCAUUAAUACCGCACUGCACUAUUUCAAAAAGAAAACAGACAUGCCCUUUCAAAUACGGUACAGACUCAAUUAAUUAACCGAAGUAAUUGUUAUUGUAUAGCAUUCUGAUAACCUUAAAUCCGGUUAAUUCAAUAUAUAUAGUGUAAAGCUAUUUUCGUACAUACUUAAUGAAUAUUAUUAACUAGCUUUUGCUAGCGGUUCCGCUUGCGUUUAAAUGCCUAUUUCCGAGUAAACAGCCUAUAGGACUCUAAGGUAACGUAAGGCAGGACAGCUUCCUAUUUGUGAAAGAAUUUUCAAAAUCGGCAAUGCGUUUUAAAUCUCAGGCUAAGUGUCAUCCCCUACUUAACCGCUUAGGCUAAGGCUUAGAGGAUGAAUUUCCAAAAACCUCUCUUAGUAUUCACUUGAGGCAUUUAAGGAAUUUUUAUGCAAAAUUUCAUGCUCCUAUGCCUAGUGCUUUUGGCGCGUCCAUCAACCAGCCAGUUACUUUCUCUUCUUUUAUAUAAGUAAUAAUUAUAGAAUAUUCUAGAAAGACAAAAUUCCGCCGUUGCCAUAUUUUUUAUAGAUCCUAUCAAGAAUCGCAUCAGCGAUUCAAUCAAGUGAUUUUGGUAGACACACUGCUUACUUUUGUUAUUGAUUAACUAAUAAAAAAAAUAAUGUGCAAUAAUGGGUUACAAUAUAUAAAUAUUUAUUUCCCAAAUGUGCUAAGUAUGUAGGUACCUACCUAAAAAUUAUACAUCGAAUAUGAUACAAUAGGUGCUUAUGCUGUAAUGUCCCAAUAUCGGGAUUUAUCUACAUUGUAUACUUUGCUUUUAAGUGCACAAAUGUAGUCACAAAGCUGUAUAACGUAUUUAAAGCUAUAUCGUCUUCUAAUAUGAAGCCGGAAUAUUAGCUUGGUGUAAUUACUUUAAAUGAAUAUAUGCAUAAAUAUAUUUUUAUACUUAA